CUCCGAAGACGUUCUAUUUCAAAUAACUCCAUUGAUUUCGCGAUGGUGGAGGCUGUGGUACAGAAUGACGAAACUCUGCCAAGGGCCGAAGUGGAGGAAAAUCCGAUUGAAACAGAAACAGAUGAAAACAAGGGAAUGAAGAAAGAAUUCAUCUGUCGGUACUUGAUCAGCGAAGAUACCAAAAACAAAGUGCUGAUAAAAAAGAGUUCAGGAGUAAAAAAUCGCCUUACCAUCGAUGCAUGGCCAGCACAUGCAGGAAGCCGCUCCAGGGCAACAAAUCAGAUCUACGUUUCUCCUGAAGGUCAUUUGAUUCACCAGUCAGCAGAAAAGUCUAAGCUGCCUCCAGUAAAGAAGCCAAGGUUUCUCGAAAUCCUCGAAGCACGCGUCAAUAAAGAAAAGGCCAAAUUUCAUGUGCCCGAAACUGGGCCGAGCCCCUUGCGCCUGCAAGAGCUUUUGUGGACCGUCUCUCAAGAGUGUGAAAACCGUGUGAGUAAUAUGAGACGCCGAGAAAACAAGGAUAUACGGAAACUGAAAAUGGAGAAAAAGGCACUUUUAUCCCAAAUUGCGCAUCUGCACGAAGACGGAAAGUCCCUGACUUGCGAGGUGGAACAUCUGACUGAAGAAUUGGAGAAAAAAGCGGACGAGUGGCGAACUGAGUCAGAUGGUCGAAAGCUUUUGGUCUCUGAAGUAAACGAACUGACAUCUCGUCUAAAAGAAAUGGAAAGCUUGGCAAGAGCGGAAGUCAUUGAUGACUCGGAAGAUCCUGUCAAAUUGCGAUUGGCACUCGAUCAAGCGCAUAAAGCAAUCAACCGCCUACAGACACAAGUGAUACAGUAUGAGGCACAGUACGAGGCCCAGGUACCACGAGUGAAAUACGAAGAGGUCCGUCAAAAGCUGGACUCGCAAGUGGAGGAAACGACUCGGUUGAGGGAGGAGCUCGAAAGCACACAAAGCCGAUAUGAUCUACUGCAGGAGCAUUGUGUUACACUCAACACCUACCGAGACCUCUAUUACAUUCAAGUAACGUAUGCGACCCGAGUCCUUGGAUCAAAAGGUGAACCGCUUCAAAAAUUGGACUUCGUCACUUCAAUGCUGAACAAAUGGCGACGUCUGGCCGCUGACAAGCCAUGGGCUGAAGUCCAGCGUCUGGUGGCUGAUGAGAUGAUACGGCUUGAAUCGGGCCAACUACCCAUUUCAGUUCGUGCAUCCAGAGCACCGAGACACAGGACGACCGUGGCGGAUGGGUUAGCUGGGCGUGAGUCCAUCCACAAGACAGAGGGCAGCUGAAUGUGGUGUGAGAACCGGACUGAUGCGUUUUUCGAACCCCUCCUACAGCAGAAGGCAAUCAACUAAUGACAACGGAUUGACAUUCAACCUACUGGUUGAACCUGUCCUAAUGUCUGCUCCAUUAAAUUUUAGUUUAGGUUGAUAUAGGUUAACCAAACACCCACUACAUCAGCAAAACAGCACAAAAUCUCAGCGACGCAAAUGCGUCCAUGUGCUGGCCAGCAAACCACAAAAUACAUAAGUGGUCUCCGA